AUGUUUGUCUCUCUCAGUCGGCGGACUCCUAAGCUGCAGCAACCAUACGUCUGUACAUCAUGCCUCUCGAAACUUCUUGGAGCUUCAGAUGCUCUUCCUCUAUACUCAAAUGCGAUACGAGGCGCGCCGCGGGCACCUAGAAAUGCCGCCACAUUUUCGACGACACGGCUUAAUUACAAGAAGAAAAAUACAAAUACUGACACCAAGAAGGUCGAUAAUGCUCCGAAAGAUAACGGUACUCAAACGGCAGGUUCAGCUGCUCUGCAAAGUUUAAUGGAAGCAUCGAAGGCAAAAAGAGUCGCGAAGUUGAAAAAGAAGAAACCGGCUAAGCAGGUCAAUGAGCAAGAGAAGGGCAAACAGCAGCAGGCUACCUUGGACCAUGGGGACAUAAAUCGCGAAGAUGGGAAUCAAACGAACAUCAAAGAGUCUGGCUCAAAAUCAAAAUCGAAGACGAAGAAGAAUGCGAAGAAGGGCACGCCCAAAUCAAAGACUACUAGUGGUAAUGUAACACACAAAAAGAUAAACGAAGAAGAAAUUGAAUCGAAGGAUCGAAUCAAAAAGGUCAAGCAAAAGCUUAUCAAUUAUGUCAAUUCGACCAGCUCGAAGAGCUUGAUCCGAAAAAUUGAAAGCAAUAAUGCUGUCCAUGAUGACACAAAGAAUCUGAAGAUAGCUCCUUGGCAGCUGCAUUCCAUCUACGAAACUAUGGUAGCUGAAAAGGGCGAAGCUGCUGCAAGAAAGGACCUCGUCGAUCUUAUUCAAAAGGGAGGCUUAACUACCACAGACCGGACUCAAGUUAUGAAAGAAUUACGUGCAUCUCUUGUCAAUAGGCCAAGGCCGAAAAAGGAUGAUGCGGUUUCUGAAGCUGUAAGCUCAUCAACUAACCUAGCUGGAAUGCUGGCUUCGUUUGAAUCUAUUCCUCAAGUUCCGGUCAGGAGGAUUGUGGAUAGAAAGUCUAAAUCUGCCAAGGAGCAGAAACCAAGUCGCGAAAAGGCUGCGCCUGCAAAGGUUAAAUCAAUAAAGACAGGUCCAAUGAGAAAAUCUCCCGGCACAACUGCAUUUGAAGUGAAAUCGGUAGAUGCCGAUUCUCUUCAGCUAGUACCAGUACAGAAGAAGCAACCUCCAGUUCCUGGACUAUCAUAUGGACUUGAAAGAGCCCUGUUCAACCCUGGAGUGUAUCACCUCCAGGAUCCUCGUUCACGUGUGUUCAAUUUCGAUCCUUAUUUGCAGAAGAUUAUGCCCGUCAGUGAAUUCGAUUUCACCGCUUUGAAACAAUAUGUCACUUCUUCGAGGGAUGAAGCAUUGAUUGAGACUGCCAAACAUGAAAAGAGAAAGUAUACAGGUUCAACUUCAAGUAUGUCGGCAUCCCUUGCCCACUUUCAUUUCUUGCUAUCACAGUGGAGACCGAUCAAUACAAGCAUGCUGUCACAAAAUUUCCCUGUUGAAUUCAAUUCCUUUACUGCUCUCCAGCGAGGUCCCUCAGCAGUAUUCCUGAGGGAGAGGGACGGAGUUUAUGCCAUUGAUGCGGACAAGCAAUUUGAUACAGCCAAUAUAUUGAGUAUGCUUGGAAAAUCAAUGGAGAAGCUUCUCACUUUACCGAAAGAAGAGUUUGAACAGUAUCGGAAGGAAAACUCAACUUCAAUCACAGAAGAUCAACGUAACGAAGUUGAAUCCUUCCAUUAUACUACUAUGGGCGAUUUCCUUAUGAGAUCCCAACUCGACGCUCACGAUCCCCGUCUUCCGGGCAGCGGCAUGUUUGAUCUAAAGACUCGAGCUGUAAUCUCGAUCCGUAUGGAUAUUGAAAAUUACGCAGAAGGAAGUGGCUACGAGAUCUUUAGCCUUCAUGGAGAAUAUAAUUCUUUUGAACGAGAGUACUUUGAUAUGAUCAGAGCUGCAUUCUUAAAGUACUCUUUACAAGUUAGAAUGGGUCGUAUGGAUGGCAUCUUUGUUGCAUAUCACAACAUAGAGCGAAUCUUCGGUUUCCAAUAUAUCAGUUUACCAGAAUUAGACAAUACUAUUCACGGAACGACGGAUACCACCACCGGAGAUCGGGAAUUCAAACUCAGUGUUGACUUACUCAACAAAGCCUUGGAUCGUGCUACUGCUAGAUUUCCAGGAAAGUCAUUACGUUUACAUUUCGAGACUCGUGGUAAUGUCGAGACGCCAUUUAUGUACAUUUUUGCUGAGCCUAUGGAAGAGGAAGAGAUCCAAAAGAUUCAGGAUACAAAUAAAGCAGAGAUUGAAGCAUUCGAAGCUCGCGUUUUAGGCCUGCAUGGUGAGAAGGGAGAAGAAGAGCAGUUGGAAGAAAAAAAGAAUGCUGAAUGGGAAGAUCUCCGUGCCAAGAUUGAAGAAAGUAUGGAAAAUGAUGAAUUUGAGAUCAAGAGUGCAAAGGAAAUCGCUGAGAGCUUGGUUGAGCAUCAUGAUGUCACCGGUUUAACAUUGGAUGAGGUAGAACAACGUGUGGAAGAGUUCCUUUCAACCUCAUCUUACAAUGAACAAGGUGAAGCUGAUGCUGCUGGAGAGAGCGAGAAUAAAUUGUGGAAAGAAGAUAAUGUUGAUGCCGAUGAAGAGACAGAUGAUAUUAUGGAAGAGAUUGAAGAAGCAGAACACGACGAGGACAUGGAAAAAACUACUGCAGAGGCGGAUGAGGAUGCAGACGAAGAGAAUGAUGAGGAGGAUGAUGAGGAUGACGAGGAAGAAGGGGAAGAGGAGGAAGAGGAGGACGAAACUGAAGAGGACGACGAUGGGGAGGGAGAGGAAGAAGAGGAAACUGAAGAGAGAGACGCCGAAAAGGGACCCGAAAACUCAAGCGGAGAAGCAAAACCUAGCGAUCUUAGGGAAUUUGCCAUUGAGGAAACAGUCAUGCAAGAAGGUCUUCUCGUCGACCCAGCUGAAGAAAAUGCGGAGGCUCAAAACAGCAACGCCGAAGCAUCUGAAGUUCGGGAGCCGGAACUUGUCGAAAAUGAGGAUCUAUUAAUUGACUCGGCUGAGGAAAGUGAUGAUUUCACUGAUUCGAAUCAUGAGUCAUCAGAGUCCCAAGAAAGCUCAACGGAUGAGUCUUUCACUUCAGAUGAAACAGAUAACAACGACGAGACAUUAAUUCCAGAUACCGAGUCAAGUCUUCCAGAGGAAGAACCCGAAAAACAGAUUUUAGCAAUGCAUCUUGCCAUUCGCAACAAGGUCAAUGACAGCUACGUGAUACGACCGGAAAAGUUGACGAAAGAUGAUAAAUGGGUCGUUGAAUACGCAUUAUCUGAAAUUCCUGAUCAUGAAAGGGCUAUGAAUCUUUAUAAAGCAACCCAAUUAAGAAGGAAGACAGCUUUGAAACGAUCAGAUGAGCCCGACACCAAAUGGGCAGAGGAAAGAAAUAGUAAAUUUAUUGCGCAUUUGAAGUACUUGGCACAAAGUGGUCGGGCAUGGAGGCAGAGGAUUACGGAGAAGGAGGCCAAUGAACCGGUCAAGACCUUGGAAUUUAGAGAGGAGCCAAAGGAGGUUGGUGUUUACGAGGGGCAUGAGGAGAUGAAGAGGGCGGCUGAGGAGAACAAUGAAAUGAUGAGAUCAGUGGAAGAGACUAGCGAAGAAAAGUCAAAAUAG